AGAAGAUCUUUCAAGAGGUGUUAAGCAAGAGUCAGUCUUUCAACAUGCUGGUGUUUCACCAAAACGCUGUUGUGGAGAGUCUGAAGACCCACCUGUCAGUGAAGAACAGCAUGGCUUACCAACCUCUUCUAGAUCUUGUAGUUCAGCUUGCUCGCGACCUCCAGAUGGACUUUUACCCUCACUUCUGCGACUUCUUCAUCAUCGUCACGUCUAUACUGGAAACACAAGACACUGAGGUGUUGGAAUGGGCCUUCACGUGUCUGUCAUACCUGUACAAAUACCUGUGGAGGAUGAUGGUGAAGGAUAUUGACAAGAUAUACAG